UCCCAAACAUUUCCUGCGUAUUUUGGUUUAUUGUGAAAUUUUAUAAAUAUGAACGAAAACGAGGAUGAUAUUUCUACAUUUUGCGAUUCAACUGCGUCAUUGGUAGAAGGAUGUCGUUUGCCAGUGCGAAUGCAAGGAGGUGAUGAUUGGCCUUUAGCUGAAAUUAUUAGCAUAAAAGAAUCCCGUGGACACAGAGGAUAUUAUGUGCAUUACGUUGACUUUAACAAGCGUUUGGAUGAGUGGGUGGAAGAAUCAUGGUUGGACACUCGGAAAGUUCAGUUUCCGAGGAGGGAUGGUGCUCCAACUGGUGGCACCACAACUCCGAAGAAAACUCACAUAGGAUCAGGAGGUGGCAUUAUGCCUAAUUUUCUUAAUGAUAAUGUCUGCAAUGAAAACCAAAAGACUCAUAGCACUAGAGAAAUAAGUGAAAAACAAAUUCAACAAAAAUUAGCAGAAAAAAUCAGUAAUGUUGCACUCAAUGGGUCUGCACAAAAAUAUCCCACUGGUACUCCCGGUGAGCCUCGUCAGCUCGUGUCUCGUCCGGCCAGCCCAACCCUCAUCAGUGAGUCCUCAUCCCUUGUCAAUGGAGGUGCUGUACUCGCAGCAGCGCUGCAGAAAAAAAUCAGCAGGAAACGAAAAGCAAAUUCUCUGGAUAUUGAGACUCCUCUCUCGGACAUCCCCGACAUAAUCGACGAUAAAGACGUAUCCCUGACGCCCGCUAGCACGCUAAGUGGACUGCUAAACGUAAGCGGAGCGGCGAGCGGGGCGGUAAGCGGAACGGCCACGCCCACAACCCGCCCCCGACAAUCCGGCUCGCUGGUUGCUCACGGUCACGAUGAUGUGGUGACACGGAUGAAGAAUAUAGAGAUGAUUGAGCUCGGCCGACAUAGAAUCAGGCCGUGGUACUUUGCGCCGUAUCCUCAGGAAAUGGUGAACCUCCCCUGCAUAUACAUUUGCGAGUUCUGUUUAAAGUACAGGAAAAGUAAAAAGUGCUUAGAGAGACACCUUAUUAAAUGUAAACUAAAACAUCCUCCAGGCAAUGAAAUAUACAGGAAAGGAAGUAUAUCAUUCUUCGAGAUAGACGGUAGAAAGAACAAAUGCUACGCUCAGAAUUUGUGUCUACUCGCCAAAUUAUUCCUUGACCACAAAACUCUGUAUUACGAUACCGAUCCGUUUCUAUUUUAUGUCAUGACCGAGUUUGACUCUAGAGGUUUUCACAUAGUGGGAUACUUUUCGAAAGAGAAAGAGAGUACAGAAGACUACAAUGUAGCGUGUAUUCUCACCCUGCCGCCCUACCAAAGAAAAGGAUAUGGAACGUUACUUAUAGAAUUCAGUUACGAGCUAUCCAAGUUCGAGGGUAAGACAGGUUCACCGGAGAAGCCGCUGUCUGAUCUCGGUCUGCUGUCAUAUCGCAGCUACUGGGCGCAGACCAUACUGGAUAUACUGCUCACUAUAAAACCCGUGGGGGAUAAUGAGAAACCCGUUAUUACUAUCAACGAAAUCUGUGAGUUGACGAGUAUAAAGAAGGAAGAUGUGAUCAGCACGCUACAGAACCUCAACCUCAUCAACUAUUACAAGGGACAGUACAUCGUGUCCGUUAAUCAGGAAACAAUUCAACAACACGAAAAGGCUAUGGAGAAAAAGUUACUGAGAAUAGACCCAAAAUGUCUGCACUGGACGCCGAAGGAUUGGUCGAAACGGGCGAAGUGCAUUUGAAGUCACGAGACACGAGCUAGCUCGGGCUACACGUAUGAUAAAUUGUAAUUUUGUCCUUUAUGGGACUUGAAUCGGGUCAUCUGGAUAGAAUUAAUUAGUCAAUUAAUUAUAAAACUCUACUCUACUUAGUAUUAUUAUUGUAAUACUUGUAAAUAUACUUUAU